GUACCCCUUACCCGACACAGCACGCGUAGGGCAUUUGUAUGUGGGGGCAAAGGUGAUAAGGUGCUUCUGAUUACAUAAAUUUUCUUUUGCUUUUUUCCAUUUACCGGUUAAGAAUGUUUAAGAACGCCGUUGCUUUGGUGACUGGAGGUGCUUCCGGCCUUGGUCGGGCCACCGUGGAGAGAUUUGCUAAAUCCGGCGCUAGGGUGGUCAUUUGUGAUCUGAAGACUUCCAAGGGGGCUGAUGUGUCCAAGGAUUUGGGCAGCAAUGUUGUCUUUGUGCCUGUUGAUGUGACAUUCGAGGGGGAUGUUACGAAGGCUCUGGAGGUAGCCAAGGAGAAAUUCGGGAGGCUCGAUGUGGCUGUCAAUUGCGCGGGAACAGCUGUGGCUUUCAAAACGUACAACUUCAAUAAGAAGCUCCCCCACAAGCUGGAGGAUUUUGCACGUGUCCUGACUGUCAACACCGUGGGCACGUUCAAUGUUAUCCGACUCUCAGCUGGGCUUAUGGGUGAGAAUGAGCCAAAUGUCGAUGGACAGCGUGGGGUGAUCAUCAAUACGGCUUCCGUGGCAGCCUAUGAUGGGCAGAUCGGUCAGGCGGCCUAUUCUGCCUCCAAGGGAGCCGUUGUGGGCAUGACACUGCCCAUUGCCAGGGAUUUGAGUACUCACGGAAUUCGUGUGGUCACCAUUGCACCGGGUCUCUUUGACACUCCCAUGCUGCAGGCUCUUCCGGACAAGGUACGCGCUUUCCUGGCCAAAACUGUGCCCUUCCCCCAACGCCUGGGAAAUCCCUCCGAGUACGCUCAGCUGGUUGAAAGUAUCGUGGACAAUCCACUACUCAAUGGGGAGACUAUUCGUCUCGAUGGAGCUCUCCGGAUGAUGCCGUAAGAUCCGGUAAAACCCCCCGAAAGAUCUUCCAGGAGCACCAGGAAUGCAUUUAUCGGAAGCCAGAGCUUCUGUUUUUGAUUGUUCUUUUUACAUUUCGACAUGAUUUUUUGCAAUAUUAAAGAUUUUUAGAUUGAUUUGAGAA